AUGCGCAGAGUGCCGCCGCUGACGGCCGGUGGCUGUAGGCUCCCGUGCGAAAGGUACAAAAGUAACGCAAGCAAUUCCCUUCCAAGGUUCCUGGGAGUCAUGCCUGCGUACAGUGCUGCAGACGAUGCUCUCACAACCAAAUUGGUGACUUUCUAUGAGCACAAGAAGGAUUCCUCCGUCCCUUCUCACCAAGCGACUGUCCUCUUAUUUGACCCCAGAAAUGGUUCUUUAAAAGCUGUCCUAGAUGGCAGUGUGAUUACAGCAAAACGAACAGCUGCAGUUUCUGCCAUUGCUACCAAGUUGUUAAUGCCAGCUUUUGCAGAAGUGCUAUGCAUUUUGGGAGCUGGUGUUCAAGCAUAUAGCCAUUAUGAUAUCUUCAUGGAGCUGUUCACAUUUAAAGAGGUCAGGAUAUGGAAUCGCACCAAAGAGAGAGCGGUGAAGUUUGCUAAUUCAGUUAAUGGUCCAGUGCAGGUCUGUUCUUCUGCUCAGGAGGCAGUUACUGGGGCUGAUGUGAUUAUAACAGUCACUAUGGCAACAACACCCAUUUUAUUUGGAGAAUGGGUAAAACCAGGUGCCCAUAUCAAUGCUGUUGGAGCAAGCAGACCAGAUUGGAGGGAACUGGAUGAUGAACUGAUGAAGAAUUCAGUUCUGUUUGUGGAUUCCAGAGAGGCUGCUCUUACAGAAUCGGGAGAUGUUAUAUUAUCAGGGGCAGAGAUUUUUGCUGAGCUGGGAGAGGUAGUGAAUGGUACAAAACCAGCCCUGCCUGAGAAAACAACAGUGUUUAAAUCACUGGGGAUGGCGGUUGAAGAUACAGUAGCAGCAAAAUUUGUUUAUGACGCAUGGUCAGCUAGUAACUAAAGAGAGAAGUCUACAGUGCCAACAAGGCCAAGAAAAAUGUUUGCACUUAGUCUCCUUGGAUCUCUUGUUAACAAGGCAUCCUAUCUGAAUGUUGCCCUUCUAGAACAUUCAAAAAUGAAAAGUAAAAUUUCAGCAAUAGACUAGU